GACUUUUUCACGCAUUACCUCAACAUCUCUUACUUACCGCAACCCCAAAAAGCCCUCCUCUCUCAAACUACUCUCCGAAAAAUGGCUAUCAGGAAAUCAAACAAAUUGCCUCAAACAGCAGUUAUCAAGCAGAUCCUCAAGAGGUGCUCAAGCUUAGGAAAGAAACAAGGCUAUCAUGACCAAGAAGGCCUUCCUUUGGAUGUCCCGAAAGGCCACUUUGUUGUAUAUGUUGGUGAAAACAGAAGCAGAUACAUUGUGCCUAUCUCUAUCUUAAGUAGACCCGAGUUUCAAACUUUGCUUCAACAAGCAGAAGAAGAAUUUGGGUUUGAUCAUGACAUGGGCCUCACUAUUCCUUGUGAAGAAGUUGUUUUUCAGUCCAUUCUGGUCAGAUACUGAGCUUGGAGGAAUCUGCAUCAGUGCUAGGCUAUAUUGUUUGUUUGGAGAAAAUUAAGGCAUGGUAGUUAGAGAUGAAGCUGCUUCACUGCUUCUCUUCCUCGAUUUUCUCUUAUAAAAUUUUAAUUUUUUCCCCUCUUAAUUUGACGGUGACUCUGACUGAUCAAAACCCCCGUGAAAUAUCACUGAGUUUAGAUUUGUAAAUCUCGAAGCUUGAAGUUUUCCUCACUGUGGUGUUUAAAAUUUAGCCAACCACUAAAAUUGUACCCUGUGAGAGAACUAAUGCAAGGAAUACAAAUAGGGUUGCUCCCCUUCUUACUCUC